UCCACCUCUGAGCUCUAGAGAGCAUGACAUAGACACAAAAGGAACUGAAAGCAGGAUGGGCCAAGUGUGGCCAACCCCGGUCCUGGGAAGCCACAAGGCCUUUUUGGGAAGCUUUUUGUUUUCACUUUAAAUUCUGCAACCACUGUAGACCCAGAAGCCUGGGCCCUGUUUCACAAAGCAGGAUUACUGUGUUAGCUGGAUAAGUGUGCCGCUGAACCUGAAACAUGCACUGAAGUGAAAAGAGCUGUUCCAGCUAACUCCGUAAUCUAGCAGGCCCAACCCAGUGCCCAGACGGUGUGGACCAAUCACGUGCUGAGAUGAGAGAGUGGACCGAGCCUGACAUGACCAUGGCAAACGGUGGCUACCUGUCUGUGUCCGAUGGGUAUGGCAUCGCUGAACCUCUGCAGUAUUAUGACGUGCUGGCGGACCCACUGUGCUACCCCUUCCAGGACGCGGAUCUGCAGGGCCUGCCCUACGGCCAGCCGCAGUACAGCCCCGUCAACAUGCAGUUCCCCCUGGCCUCCGCCCAGCCCUGCUACCCGCCCUACAGCUACGGCUCUCCCUGCCCUGAGCUGCCCUGCGAGCCUGGCCUGGAGGGGCCCAUGGAGGUGAGGGCCGGCUACGGGGGGCUGCCCAUGCUCAAACGCAGCAGGAUGGGCCCGGGGGGCAGGGUGAGGGGGCAGGACGAGCUGUGCGUGGUGUGCGGGGACAAGGCUUCGGGUUACCACUACAACGCGCUCACCUGUGAGGGCUGCAAAGGGUUCUUCCGGCGCAGUGUGACGAAGAAGGCGGUGUACCGCUGUAAGAGUGGGGGGUGCUGUGAGAUGGACAUGUACAUGCGCAGGAAGUGCCAGGACUGCCGGCUGCGGAAGUGCCGCGCCGUGGGCAUGCUGGCGGAGUGCCUGCUGACGGAGGUGCAGUGCCAGUCCAAACGGCUGAGGAAGAGCGCCAAGCACCGCGGCCAGUCCGCGAGCACCAGGAAGCCAGACGAGGAGGAGGGCACGGAGAGCAGGAGCGUCUCCUCCACCUGCAGGAUACCCGGCCAGGUGUCUGCAGACUUAUCGGCAGAAGAGCAGCACUUGCUGGACAGGAUUGUGGAGGCCCAUCGUCGGCACAGAACCCAGGACACUUCACACUGCAGGAUGCAGGAGUGGCCAGGCCUGGGGGUGGGGAUGGAGGUGCUGACAGACCUGGCCUCACCACACUGUCAGACACUGCAUAGGUUCUCCAGGAGUGUGCCAGGGUUUGAUCUCCUGGACUGUGAUGAUCAGAGAUCGCUCCUCUCCAGCUCCUCUGUAGAAGUCAUGUUCCUUCUCUCAGCGCAGCACUUCACCCAGGGACACCCAGAGGCCAGCCCAGCACUGUAUUCUCUGAGUAUGGAAACAUCCCCUCUUCACUGGAUAAAGACCCUAGACUCUAAAGAAUGUGAGAUGAAGAUCCUAACAAAUCCAGGAGUAAAUGAAGAUGUUUUGGGACCAGUGAUGAACUUUUUCCACAGCAUGGCUGCACUUGGGGUGACAGAAGCCGAGUAUGCCCUUCUCACUGCCACUGCAGUGCUGUGUUCAGACGGAGAGCCUCUUCAUGAUGCCACCAGUGUAGAGAGCAUUCAGGAGCCCAUCCUGGAGCUCCUCUCUCGGGUCUGCAGUCUACACUGUGGCCCCCGGGGGCCCCCUGACCCCCAGCGCUUUGCCCGUCUGUUGGGGAGGCUUACAGAGCUGCGGACACUCCGACACAACUACCUAACCCUGCUGAGACAUCAGUCCUGGGGGCUCCACGCCCAAUGAGAGAGGGGGGAGGAGGGGACGGGUCAUGACCAGAGAGAAGAGAAGAGAAGAGAAGAGAAGAGAGGAGAAGAGAAGAGAAGAGAAGAGAGGAGAAGAGACCCCUGGUGUAAAAUCCAGCUAUCACCAGUUUGAAACACCAGCUACCAACUGUUUCAAAAUAUAGCUUUAGCUGGUCAAACCAUGUUGAGUAUGGAGCUGGUCUAACUGGUCAACCGGCUACCAGCCGUUUCAAAAACCUAGCUUGAGCUGUUUUUUUUUCAGCAGGGGAACACCGUUUGGUUGGAUUAAAAAGAAACAUGGCUGCUGACUGUCACCGUGAUCCUGCAAGAGUCACCACCGUCUUCCUCCACUUCUCCUUCGUCAGACGAGAUUCACUUCUGAUCUGAGGACAGAUGCUUCCAGACACUUGACUUCAUUUUAUUGUUCCGUGCAGUCUGCACCAAAUUCUUAUCAAAUAAGAAGUCUGUUUAGCUGUUAUUAAAAUAAUAGUAUAAUGACAGAUGGAAGACAUUUGAAUAAAUAUUUUCUAUCCAUACGAUAACUGAUAUUACGCAUUUAGUAGUAAAAAUAAGCUUAUAAUAGGAGAAUCACUUCAUCCCAUUCAUUCUAUUGUCAGCCCUGUGGGUAUUCUUAAAUGAGCAACAGUAAAAAAAAAUAUUUUUUCUUUCAAA